UGCAUUCAAUUCAGUUGUUAACCAGCCUUGAGCCAACCGUCGCUCUGUAGCUACAUACGCGUUGUGUAUUCGAUAUUCGCGUCAAAGUUUUGUUUUUGUACUGAAAAUGAAACAAACACGGUUACUAAACUAUCCAACAAGCUAACGUUGUCGUGAUGGUGGCCGUUGCUACGCUAUUUUGAUUGUGGUAACAGUCAAAACUGAGACAUUCCUUAUGUGAGUGAAGUGAGUUUGUUAAGUCGAAGUGAAAUAUUUGUUAAGUUGUGUCGCAAGAUGUCUUUGAGGAUAAGUUGAACCGUACUGAAAAUUGAUUAGAAAGUUCCAACAGCGCCAACAUGGGGACCCACCGGUUGCUUUCACCAGUUACUUGGCUGCUGAUUUGUACAGUUUUUCAAUACGUGAGGUGCGAAGAUGAGCAACACGACGCGAGAGAGGGUGAUGACGUGACGAUGCAGUGCCGGUUCGCGCUGGACCCUCUACCCGGAGAGUCCCUCACCUACUACUGGGUUAGGAGCACUGCUUCGGGGCACGACAACGUCGCCAUUGGCAAUCUCCCCUUGGAGACCAAUUAUCAGAUACUGUACGCGCCAUCAGAAGGUCGGUUCGAUUUAAUGGUGUCGAAUGUGACAUACGAGCGGGACAACGGUCGGUUCGAAUGCCGGGUGAAGGCCGGAGGGUCGGGGCGCACGCUCCACUCGCAAGGGCACAACCUUGUGGUGUUGACGCAGCCCCAGCCUCCAGUGCUGAACACAGGCACGCAGACGCAAGCUCAGGAAGGCAGACAACUGAACUUAACUUGCUCGAGUACGGGAGGUUCUCCUAGUCCGGUGAUACAGUGGUUCCGUGACGGAUCAAUACACCCUAUGGAGGCGGUAUUGGUGGUUGGAAAAACGCGUGUGGAGCCCACAGUUGCAAUACUAACACUAGAACCAAAUCGUGACGACGACGGGGCCACGUUCCGUUGCGUUGUACGAAACCGCGCUAUGCGUGAAGGGCAGCAGCUGGAAGCAACUGUGGGGUUGAGCGUCAACUAUUUUCCGCGCGUCGAAGUCGGUCCAGAGAAUCCCCUUCGAGUAGAAAUUGAUUUUACUGCAGAAAUGGUUUGUAAAGUGGAUGCUAAGCCUAAAGUUAGCACAGUAAGAUGGACACGAGAUGGAAAAUAUAUUGCCAACUCCUUCAAUCAUAUAAUUCAGGGGGUAACCGUGCAGGACGCGGGCAAGUAUAUAUGUAGCGCUGAUAACGGGCUCGGUCAUCCAGGUGAAAAUGAGAUAUACUUAGAUGUACUCUAUCCCCCUAGUGUUACCGUAGACUCGAAAACGUAUGAAGCUGAGGAAGGUGGCACUGUAGAAAUAAGAUGUGAUGUUUCAUCUAACCCUGAACCUAUAUCUGUUGAGUGGACUAGGGAAGGAAGAACUGAUUUUCGUCAGAAAGGAAAUAAUUUGAUACUAGCGAGAGUCAACGCUGAUAUGGCAGGUACUUAUAUCUGCCGGGCGGUAAAUGUUAUAUCGCCUAGUAGCGGUAACAAAGCAGAACGGUUUGGUACCGCCUCCGUGGCUGUACUUGUGCGUCAUAAACCUGGUCGAGCCUACAUCAGCCCGGAUCAUCCAAUAGCUCAGGAAGGCGCAGGUGUAGUGUUAACUUGCAGUGCCAAACCCCCUGGCUGGCCUGUGCCGCAAUACCGCUGGUUUCGUGAAAUUGAAACUGGAGACAUAAAAUCAUCAGUUCUUGCUACAGGCAAUAAAUAUACAAUACCCAGUGCACACCUUGGUAGCGAGGGAAUGUAUCACUGUCAGGCCACUAAUGAGCUUGGCCACAGUGAACUUGCCACAGUUAAUCUGGAAGUAUACCAACCACCUCGAUUCCAAUCUAAAUUACAACCCCACGUAAUCAAAAAUUCAGGCGAACGAAACUUUUCAUUGACUUGUGUCGCCCUUGGCAAACCCCUACCGAAUGUGAAGUGGUAUAAAAAUAAUGCUGAGAUUCAUCCUGAUGCUAAUUUAUAUGAAGUUAAAACAGAAAUAAAUGAAAGUAGAAAUGCUGUGUUUAAUAUUCAAAGUGUACUCAGAUUUCAUGGUAAGGCAAGGCCAAAUGGCGAUGACUUGUUGCCUGCAGAUAGAGGUGUAUACUCGUGCUCUUUUGAAAAUGAAGUUAAGAAAGUAGAGUCGUCCAUGCAGCUCCGAAUUGAACAUGAACCCAUAUCAAUCGCGCAACAAAAGAAAGUCGCGUACGACCUAAUGGAAAACGCAGAAAUCUCAUGCCGUGUUCAAGCAUACCCUAAACCUGAAUUCCAAUGGUUCUAUAGCUCUAAUCCUGCACCUUUGCACAUGUCCUCAGACGGUCAUUACGAAAUUAUAACAACUACUGAUGAAAACGACUCAUAUCUGAGCGUUUUAGUGAUUAGGAACGUGAAGGCACAAGAUUACGGUGAUUAUUAUUGUAAAGUGAAAAAUUCACUAGGAAAUAUACGACCACAAAUAAGACUACAACCAAAAGGUGCUCCGGAACCACCCAAGAAUUUAGCUACCCAGAAAGUUGAUGCAACAUACGUCACUUUAAAAUGGGAAGAGGGUUUCAAUGGUGGACUGUCGAGUACUAAAUAUUUUGUGUUGUAUCGCCGGGUCAGAAACCCAGCUGUUGGUGAACAUUGUGCAGCUGAUCGAAAUGAUGAAUUCGACUGGAAAGAAUACGACUGCGGACGCUCCAACCCUUGUAAUGUGACACGUCUUGAGCAGCACAAUUCUUAUUACUUCAAGGUGAAAGCGGUAAAUACUAAGGGUCAAAGCAACUAUUCAAACGAAUUAUUGGUAACAACAAAGGUGGAUAAGAUUUUGCCUCCAGAACAUGUUACGUACAACCCGAGCUCGACCACGAUAAGCUUUAGCGUUGGAGCAACUUGUCUACCACUCGUUGGUGUUGUCGAAGGCCAGGGAGGUCCUGAUGGAUGGCAGGUGGUGGAAACAAUGACUCUGCGUUUGUCUGGCGUCGGAUCCAUGAUGCAAGAAGCUACUUUGGAUCCUCCAAACCGCGCGCAGGAUUCGUUCGACUACGUUCGCCAAUAUCCUCGAAUGAGGGUAAAGCUCUGCUUGAAAACCAACCACAACGUUUGCAGCGAGGACGUAGUUGCAGAAAUUGGAACGUCGUAUACAAAAGAAGCCGUUACUUUGACAACGGCAACGGUAGUGGCGAUAAUAGUUUCAUGCCUCGUCUUCCUCUUAUUUUUAAGUCUCCUAUUUAUAUUCUGCCGCUGCAAGCGCAACGAAAACAAGAAAGACACGUCCAAAGACUAUGAAAUGGACUCAAUGAGAUCACCGAUGGGAUCGCCGCAGAAUCAGGCCCCACCGCCUUAUUAUCCCAGCACUGGGAUGGAGAACAAAGCACUUGAAAACUCUAUGGAUAUACCUUUGUCUAUGGAAGAUUCGAAGAAUGCUGUGUAUGCGACUCAGGCGGGAUACGGGUACCAUAUGGCACCUCACACGCAAACCCAUCCCGGCCAGAACCUGUCUAAUACUGAUUGGGUGAACAUGGGAUACAUAGAGAAUAGCUACGCGAACAGUAACAACGGAGGAAGCGUCAACUCGCAGGAUUCCUUGUGGCAGAUGAAGAUGACGGCGGCUGGCAACCCGCCCGGGAUACCUUCCCAUCAAAUGAUUGACCGGCAGAGCAAUUAUGGGUACGAUCCAAUCACGCACGGGGGCUACGGAACAAUCGACGACUACGCGCCCUACCCACCGCUCCCGCAUGGCACGCACGUUCCUGCGCCGGACUAUGGCAUGCGCACCUCGCAGAACCCGUCCCGGCAAGACUACUGCUCGGACCCCUACGCUUCCGUGCACAAACCAAAGAAACGAAUGGAUCAGCAUAUCGAAUCUCCUUACCACGAAGUUAGCGGUCUUCCGGAAAGCUAUGGAGGGGGCGAGGACAAUGGAGUGGAAGAAAAGCCCCCGCAUCUCUCACUUAGCUAUGACGAAUCCCUCGAGUCCGGCUACUCUACCCCGAACUCCCGCGCUCGCAGGGUCAUACGCGAAAUCAUAGUCUAAGUAACGCAGCCAAUUUGUAAAACCUGCAAUCUAGUCUAAUACCCUGAGUGUGAGUUAGAUAAAAAAGACGUAUUUGAUACUGUUGCCUUGUUUACUGUACUUCUGUAUACUGAAAAUAAUCUCGAACUUCAAUUGGACAUUUAAUUUUACUUUGGGAUUAUUUCCGUACAGCAAACGGCUAGAAAUUGUCACUUAGUUUUAAAGUGACUCUAACAAUUCUUAUUAGAAUUUUGCCGAAGGGUAUAAAACAGGUCUAACUCACAGCUCAGCUUAGUUACGACAAACAUUCGUGAAGUGGUAGCGUAAGUGUUGCCAUGAAAUGAACUCUUUAUUGAAAUUUUGAAUCCCCUUUCGAUAUUUCUUUUAUGAAUUACUUAUUGUUAGCGUUGUAAUUUCGCUGCUACACCGCAGUUAUGAAAUGUUAGCUCAUGUUUGUUAGUGGUCAUUUUUUUCACAAAAGUUAAAAAUGUUUUUAUGUUAUGGAACAUUAUCAGUGGAAGAAGAAUGUUUUAUAACAUUUUGUAACUUUCGCGUAGCGGAACCAUUAGAUAAUGUUUUUGUUUGUCUCCAAUUAAUUGACGCCAUUUUGGCGCUGUAAGUGUGACGCUGUUAUACGAGUGUCUAAAGAACAAACAUUAUAAUAGCCUACUUAAAAAAGAACUAGUUAGUUUUAGAGACACCCGUAUGUCACAUGUGGCGCUUCAAAUGAGGACAUUUAAACUAUUAUUGUUACAAAUUUUUUGGCUAACUUGCGCGUUGAGAGAGUUAUGCCUGCCAAUUAUCUCGUCUAUCUCUAGAAUAAAUACGAGUAACGGGCAGUGAUAAUUAUCCAACCCUUACUUGACGAUCAAACCAUUGUCUUAGUAGUCAAGGUCAGGGCGAAUGACCUAUCAUUAAAUACAAGACAUUCAUGACAAGCUUUAAUCGCUGUAAAAACGACAUAUCAUACAGCAUUCGCAUUAUAUGUCUUGCGCACAUUUACUAUCGUCUAAUUGUGUCACUAGAAACGUCAUCAUGCUAAUUCUGCAUCUGGAGUCCACGAUGUCAUUUCCUUUCGUAUUCAUAUUCGAUGGUUUACAUCCUCGAAAGUUAAAAGUGCCUUUAAAGAUUUACUUUUAUCUUACCACAUGGUGUACGUGAGGAGGUGGGCAAAAAAUGAGAGGGAUAUCGCGUUACAACUGCGUUUUAACUGUACAGUUAAAUCAACCGUGUUUUAUUGCUAUAGAGCUAAUCUGUUUGUACCUUCUUUAAAUCAAGGUACAGGUAUUAAGAAGUCAUAGCCUAAGAAACUGUUCUGACAAUAUAUUUGAGUAUAAACUAAGGUCAACAUCUA